AUGGGGCGAACUCCGCCAGCUCAGAAGAAGAUGCAGCCGGCUACGGAAGCGGCACUAGAGAACGCCACGUUGGAGCGGCUCCAGGAGGAGGCGAUACGGUUUAAGAUCCCUAUCUCUGAAGACCGUGAGGCGCUCAUGAAAGCUAUUCGGGCGCAUCUCGACAAAUGCGGACCGACGAACCUCCUAGAAGAGGGACAGGCGGCUGGAGGGCAUCAUCCCCGGCCGGGAGGAAGGUGCGAUUCAGCACCAACGUCGAACGUGUCGUUGGUCGACGCGCUGCAAGGGGCACUGACACAGAUAUCGGCCGCUUUUGAGCAGCAGCAACGUUCCAUCAUGGAGCGGCAGCGUAAAUUCAUCGAGGGGCAACAAGCGUUGAUGUCUCAGAUGAUGACGCAGUGGUCACUCCAGACGAGCACAAGUGGAAAUGUGCGAGUGGACGGCGGUGAGACAGCGAGCAGCAGUCACAUUGGCUCGUCCUCGGCGCCGCACCAGACGCAAAGGACCCUGACCGGUAAACCGACGGAAGGCCUCCCUAUGGGUAACGUCGUCAACUGGCUGGCCUCGCAGAUUCCAGAAUACGGAGGGUCGGCCGAGGAAAAUGUCGAAGCCUGGAUAAAAAGAGUGAAUAAAGUAGCUCAGAUACAUGCAGCAACGGAAGGUGUCACUCUUUUAGCAGCCUCCAGUAAGUUAGUGGGCGCCGCACGAAAAUGGUACGACCUUCAGACGGGAAAUACCAUUGAGUCGUGGUCAUACCUUCAGCGGGAUCUUACGAAGAUUUUCUUGCGAAGGAUUCCGUUCUAUAAACAGCUGCAGAAAGUCGAGAGUCGAAGGUGGAGUCACACAAAAGAGUCCUUCGAUGAGUACGUGAUCGCCAAAUUGGAGCUGAUCCAUCCGCUGAAUUUGCCGGUGAAGGACACGAUCCACCUGCUGAUCGGCGGAAUCGCCUCUACCUCCAUGAGGGCGGUAGCGUUAUCUGUAGCGGACGACACCUUGGACGGGUUUUUGGACCGAAUGCGGACCAUCACGGAGGGUACUACGGAGACCGAGAAAAGACAGGCAAGUACGGUCCACUCAGCUCAGAAGAAGGCCCCAUGGCAGAAGGAAGAAACCUGCAGGAACUGCGGCAAAAAGGGUCACACGUACACGGCCUGCAAAGGGGAGCCUAUCUGUUUUUAUUGCAAGGCGAAAGGUCAUCGUCAGUACGAGUGCCCAACGAUAAAACAGAAGGACGCGAGAGCGGCGGUACUACAACGGCCAACGGCGGCGGUGGCAGAGGAGACCCCUGUUCAGGAUGUGGCGGCGGUGAUGGCACCAGAGGCGGAGUCGAGCUUGGUAACAUCUGAUCCGUAUGUGAGAGUUACGUCGCUCGCGGGACAUGAUUGUAAUUUAUCCGCGUUAAUCAACACCGGAAGCCCUGUAUCGUUCAUUAAGUACGACUCGUAUAAGCGAUAUAUAGAACCGUCGGCAAAAAAGAUGAAUACGGUGACACGUAGAUUGCGUAAUUUAAGCGGCGAAACUUUGCGAGUGUUAGGGUUGGUGCGCGCGCCCGUAACUCUUGGUUUAUUGGGGAACAAGAAGUUCGAAAUGGUAUUAUAUGUGAUUGACGGAAAGAUGAUGGAAGGGGAUAUGAUAAUUGGUCGAGAAUUUUUGCAAAAUGAAAGAAUUACUUUUAUUUACAAGUCGGAGUCGGAUACAGAUGAUUUGAACGUGGCGAUACGUUUAUUCGAGAAUCUUCCCCUAAAUGUCGUUGAAGAUUCAAAAGAAGAGUCUCUCGAGCAGCUCUUGGAAUCCACGGAAAUCGAUUUCGAUAAUCACGUUAAAGCCGGGCUGAAAAAACUAAUAACAGACAUACAGAAUAGGAAUGUUUCCCCAAUAGACGAUGGAUACACCGUCAAAGUCCAUUUGAAGGACGAAACGGUAUACGCGUACGCGCCACGACGUAUCGCGUACGGGGAACGUAUACAAUUGAGGGAGAUUACCGAUGAUCUGUUGCGUCGGGGAAUUAUCCAGCCCAGCAGAUCGCCGUACUGCGCCCACGUUAUUCCUGUGAAAAAGAAAAACGGAAAGAUUAGACUGUGCGUCGACCUGAGACCACUUAAUAGCCGCGUAGUAAAACAAAAGUAUCCGUUUACGCGAAUUGAAAACUCCCUAGCGACCCUGAGUAACAAACAGGUAUUUUCACUGCUUGAUUUGAAAGAUAGUUUCCACCAAAUAAAGGUUCACAAGGACAGCGCACAAUACUUCUCGUUCGCGAUCCCGGACAGGCAGUUCGAGUAUGUAUGUUUACCGUUUGGUUACUCGGAAUCGCCGGCCGAGUUUCAGAAGCGGAUUAAAGACAUUCUUGAUACAUUGAUCCGGCAGGACAAAAUAAGAGUAUACGUCGACGAUGUGUUGAUACCUACAGAAACGGUCGAAGAGAAUUUAUCUAUUCUGAGCGAGGUAUUAGUCCUCUUGAAAAGCUACGGUUUUGAACUGAACUAUGCGAAGUGUCAGUUUUUGAAACGCUCGGUGGAAUUUUUAGGAUACGUCAUUGAGGACGGAAAAAUAACGUUGAGCCCACGACACACCACCGCGGUUAGAGAUUUUAGGCAACCAAGAACGGUUACUGAAGUUCAGCAAUUCCUUGGGCUUGCCAGCUAUUUUCGUAAAUUUAUUAGAGACUUUUCAUUAAAGGCUAAGCCAUUGCAUAACUUACUGAAAAAAACGUCGACUUUGUUUUUGAUUCCGAAUGUACGAAAGCGUUCGAGCGACUAA